AUGGAGAAUAUAGAAUUAAAAUGCGCUUCCUUACGCGCACAAAUUGCCGCCACUGAAUUUCAACUUUCAGCACUCAAACAGGAACUUGAAGCUACUGAAGCUCUGCGCGGGGCACCGAGUCAAUCCUCGACUGAAUGCAGUGAGCGCAAAUGGCCUCUUUCAGCCGAAGAAUACAAGCGCUAUGGACGCCAGAUGAUUGUCUCUGAAAUUGGACUGCAUGGUCAACUAAAACUUCGGUCCGCGUCUGUUCUACUCGUCGGAGCUGGUGGGCUAGGCUGUCCAGCAGCGUUGUAUCUUGCGGGAGCUGGUGUUGGUACACUUGGUAUGGUCGAUGGAGACACUGUCGAAUCGUCAAACCUUCACCGGCAAGUUCUGCAUCGUACGAAGAACGUCGGUAAAUACAAAGUCGACAGUGCAAUUGAGUAUCUUGAAGAGUUAAACCCGCAUACAAAAUACAUUGCCCAUCGUGAACACCUGUCACCGCAAAACGCACCACUUGUAUUUCGGGAUUAUGACAUAGUGUUGGACUGCACAGAUAACCCUGCAACUCGCUAUUUGAUAUCAGACACCGCAGUCCUUUUGGGAAAACCGCUUGUUUCGGCGUCGGCACUAAGAACCGAUGGACAGUUAAUGGUCUUAAAUAAUCCACCCAAACCCCCAGGGGACCCGUCAGGGGGUCCUUGCUAUCGAUGUGUUUUCCCCAGGCCGCCGCCUGCAGAUAGUGUUGUCAGCUGUGCAGAUGGGGGAAUAAUCGGUCCUGUAGUCGGGACAAUGGGUGUUUUACAAGCUCUAGAAACUAUUAAGGUUCUCACAAAGACAACUAAUCAGGACACCCAUCCGGCUUUGAAUCAACCAUUGACAGCUGAUGCUCGUCCUGCUCUUCAUAUAUUUUCCGCAUUUAGUACCCCUCCCUUUCGCACAAUUCGCCUUAGGGGCAGACGUACAGACUGCGCAGUCUGCUCGUCUCAAGCUACUGUCACAUUGACAACCUUGCAAUCGGGACUAACAGACUAUGUCCAAUUCUGCGGUUCAAUGAGUACUUCUCAAGUGCUUACUUCCGAAGAACGGGUCUCAGUGCGUGAUUUUCAGCCUAUAUACACGUCCAAGAAGCCGUAUACCUUGGUCGAUGUCCGCGAUCCAGUUCAAUUUGGGAUAUGCAGUCUUGAAAGUAGCAUCAAUAUUCCCAUCACCAAGAUCCUACAUGGAAAGAUUGCGAAGGAUGUGAAUGCAACAGAACAGCCACAAUCCUCGCUUCCAUCAGAGAUUACGUCUCCCGAUUCGACGGACCCGAUAUAUUUCAUAUGCCGCCUAGGGAAUGACUCACAGUUGGCAGUUCGAAGGCUGAAAGAACUGGGCUUGGAUCAAGAUGGACAGCGUUAUAUUGGUGAUAUUCGCGGUGGAUUCAGAGCAUGGAAAUCCGAAAUUGACCCGGAGUGGCCUGAGUACUAG